AUGCCUCGUCUUCCAUGGACAAAAAAAUAUAAAUUAUUACCAUCAUCAAAAAAAUGGACUAUUCGAAAAAAUAAUUCAGCAAGUAAAUUAAUGGAUGGUAGUGCUGGUAUGAAUGGUAUUUUUAAACUGACUGAAUCAUCUUCAUCACCAUCAAGUGUAACAACAAUUAUUUCUCCAUCAACGACACUUGCUGGUGAUGAUUUAGAAAAUGAUGUUAUAGAAGUACCACCACCAAUGGACAUUCAAGUUCAACCGAAAUUAUCUGCUGAUACAAAUGUCGAUAAAGUCACUACUGACGAACCUUCAUCACUCGCGCCUAUCAGUAUUGUUGCUGGACUUCCAGUUAGUGAUUUUCAUAUCCCGGCUGUCUUGUCAGUGACGACACCGUCCGUCAAUGAUGGUUCGACAACGAGUAGUUCGAUGCCAUCGUCAAGUAUUCUACAACAAUAUUCAUCGACACCACCAACAUCAUCAUCUCUAUCAUCAUCUCCAUCAACACUAACAACAACUAAUAAUAAUCCUUUAUUAUUUUCAUCAACAUCAACUGUGAUUCCAAAUGAUAAUCCUAAUGAGCAAACCGAUGAAAUAUCUUUACAAGAUAUUGAUACAAGUAUUGAUCAAUCAUUAACAUUACAUAGUUCAACAACAACAACAACAACAAAUGAUGAACAUGUUGAUGAUCGAACAAAAUAUGGUGAAAAACGAAGACAUAAUAUUAUUGAAUUAAUUGAAACAGAAAAAGAAUACGUCAAAGAUUUGGCAUUGAUUGUUGAAGGUUAUAUGAAUGUUCUUGAAAAUGAUAAAGAAAUUAAAAAACCAACAGGUCUUGUUGGUCUUGAACGCGUUGUUUUUGGUAAUGUACAGAGAAUAUACGAAUUUCAUCGAGAUACAUUCUUACCACAACUUGAACAAUGUAUUGAAAAUCCUGAUAUACUCGGUCGAUUAUUUACCACAAAUCGAUUUAGUCCUUAUGUAAGAUAUUGUGAAAAUAAACCACGUUCAGAAUAUAUUGUUUCGGAAUAUCAUGAUUAUUUUGAAGAAAUUCGUAAAAAACUCGGUCAAAAAUUACUUGUAUCAGAUUUAUUAAUAAAACCAGUACAACGAAUAAUGCGUUAUCAAUUAUUACUUAAAGAAAUUCUUAAAUCAACCGAUCGUAUGGGUGAUGAAUCACGUGCUAUACGUAGUGCUUUACAAGUUAUGAUUGAAGUACCACGUUUAGCUAAUGAUAUGAUGAAUGUUGGUCGUAUUAAAGAUUUACCAACAAAUGUACAUCAAUUAGGUGAACUUAAAUUACAAGAUAUGUUAUCUGUUAGUGAACCAAUAUCAAAAGAAACAAAAGAUGUAAAAGAAAUAGAAAAAAAAUUAAAAGAACGACGAGUUUUUUUAUUUCAACAAGCUAUGGUUUUCUCAGAAGAAUUACCAGCUAAAGAUAAAUAUUCAAGUCCAAAUUAUAUUUAUAAAUAUGAUUUAAAAAUUAAUAAAUUACAACAUAAAGAAUUUAAACGUAAUAAAGAAUUAUUUCAAUUUAUAUUAGUCGAAGUUGAUGCCGGUAAUACACGUCGAGUUAUAUGUCAAUGUAAAGAUGAUGAACAAUAUGAAUUAUGGGUUACAAAUGUAGAGAAAGUGCUUCAACGUCAGAUGGAUCUUAUCAUAGCUCUAACAAAUCCAACAGCUGCUCUACAAAAAGAGCAAGAUUCGUCCAUGUCAUUGUUUAUACCAAAUCUAAUAACACCAACAUCUCGAAAUCAAAUUAAAAAAUCUAUGUCUGAUCGUUCUACUAAAUCACCUGAAUCAUUAUCAACAUCACCUAAACUAGCUAAUCCAUUAAUAUCAUCAUCACGAACAUUAUCGAAUUCUGAUACAUCAUCAUCAUCAUCAACACCAACAGCAGAAAAUACAAAUAAAAAAUCAUCAUUUAAUUUAUUUGAUUCGAUUUUACAACGUUCAGUAACAAAACCAUUAACAAUAAAUACUUCAACACAUCAUGAUAUAACACAACAAAAAAAAUUACCAACACCAUCAUUAUCAUCAUCAAUAUCAAAUACACAAUUACCUGAACAAGCUCGUUGUUUACAUAGUUAUAAUGCAAUAAAAGAAGAUGAAAUAUGUGUUCAUAAAGGUGAAUAUGUACAAAUCGUUGCUGCUAAUCAAGAUAAUCGAUGGUUUGUUCAUCGUGAUGCUAAUCGAACAUCACCAGCAGCUGAAGGUUGGAUACCAGGUUUUGUUCUUGGACUUAAAAAUCCUAAUUCAACUAUACAUCAUAAUUUAUCUCCAUCACCACCACCACCACCCACAUCAUCAUCGUCUCAACAACAACCGACAUCAUCAUUAUCAGCUAAUAGUCUUCAUCGUUUAACAACAACAACAUCGACAACUCAUCAUCCAACAAUUACUUAUGAAUCAACUUUACCUCCUAAACCUCAAACGAGUACUUGCGACAAGCGUCUUAGUGGUGUUCUACGAUAUUGUGGACCUGAAUUAAAUAUAUCUGUACAUGAACGAAAUAUUUUUCUUGGUCAAUCAUUAAUUCUUCAAGGUCAUGUUAUUGGUAAUCCACGACCAGCUAUUGUUUGGCAACAUCCACAUGGUCAUACUUUAGUUGAUGACGAUACAACUAUACAUACGCAUUAUGGAGAUGAUGGAACAAUUUAUUUACAAAUUCGUUGUGUAUCUAUGCAAGAUGCCGGUAUAUAUGAAUGUAUAGCUACAAGUCCUCAAGGUACUAUUUCACAACAAAUUCCUGUUCAAGUGAAAGAUUCAAACGACCAUCAUAAACUUGAACAAGUUCGUUGGUCACCAAGAUAUCGACCAAAUGAGUAUCGUGAAGUGAAUGAAAUAGCUCGAGGACGUCAUUCAAUUGUUCGUCAAUGUAUUCAUAUAUCAACCGGUGAUGUGUGUGCUGUAAAAUUAAUAUCAAAAAAACUUAUUUCACAUGAACGUGCUUUACAUGAAUAUGCUCUUGUUUCAUCUAUACGUCAUGAUUCAAUUAUUCGAGUAUUUCAUUUUAUUGAAACAAAUUCAUUUUCAAUAAUUAUUUCCGAAUUAAUAUCCGGUGGACGUUUAUUUGAUUAUCUUUGUUUACAAUCAAUAAUAAUUGAACAUAACAUAGCAAAAUAUAUGCGACAAUUAUUAGAUGGAUUAAAUUAUUUACAUAAUUGUAAAAUUGUUCAUUUAGAUAUACAGCCAGAAAAUCUUCUUAUUAAUAUUGAAUAUGAUCAAAUAAAACUAUGUGAUUUUGGUGAUUCAAUACGUUUAUCAAAUAUGAAAUAUAUUCAUCGUAUGAGUGGAAAUAUUGAAUUUGCUGCACCAGAAUUAAUUAAUGGAAAUAUUCCUGUUCAUUAUAAAACAGAUAUCUGGUAA